AAUCCCCACUAUUGCAGAAUGGAACACACACCCUUUGGUGAAUUCCCUGAGACCUCAAGCAGGUGUUAUAAGCAGGAUGACUGAAGCUGAAUGGAUCAGAUCAGAACAGCCACCUUUUACAGGUAUACACAAAGAGCAGCAUGGUAUUGACUGGCUUGAACAAGAUGAACAUAGCCUUGGGUGUUUUUUUGUGCUUGUUUCUAUUCUUGGACACUGGUGAAGCCCAAAGUAACGAAGAUUGCUGCCUCUCUUAUAUGAAGAAACCUUUGCCUCUAAGGAAUAUUAUUGGAUUCACAAGACAGCUUUCCAGUGAAGUUUGUGACAUCAAUGCGAUCAUCUUUCAUCUUAAAACAGGAUCAAUAACUUGUGCAAACCCUCAGGAUGGUUGGGUGAAGAAACACCUCUACAGGCUGAGCAAGAAGAGGAAAAUGUUCAAGAAAAUGUCACGGUUACAUGGUUUCUGAAAUGGAGCUAGAG